AUGAACGUUCUCAAGCUCCAGAAGCGAUUCCCGCAACUGGACCAAGGAGAGAUCUUCUCCCUCCAGGAUGCGUUCCGCAAGCUGGACGUUGACGAUCGCGGUUACCUCGACGAAGCCUCCGUAAUCAAGGCCACUCAACAGUCGGAGCAUCAGCCCUACGACGUAGUCCGGCAGACAUUGAAAGGUGUAGAGCUUGACAGCUCUCGCCGUGUCGAACUUGAGGAUUACAUUGAUCUUAUUGCGCGACUUCGCUCGGGGCCAGCCCCCGCCCCUCAAGCUGCACCUAGCCCAGUAGCUGUGAUUCAGGGAGCUGGAGCCGGCGCUGGCGCUGGCGGAGCUCGCGGACACCAGUCUAAGGGCAGCCUCUCGGGCCGUAUUCAUGUCCAAGGAUCUUCAUCAAACGUAACCCACACCAUUAACGAGGACGAGCGCACUGAAUUCACGCGCCAUAUCAACGCCGUGUUGGCCGGCGAUCCCGAUAUUGGCAGCCAGCUUCCUUUCCCUACCGAUACCUUCGAGAUGUUCGAUAAGUGCAAGGAUGGUCUAGUUCUAGCCAAGUUGAUCAACGACAGCGUACCGGACACAAUUGAUGAGCGUGUCUUGAACAAGCCCGGUCGAAAGAUCAAGGAAUUGAACGCUUUCCACAUGACAGAGAACAAUAACAUUGUUAUCAACUCUGCCAAGGGCAUCGGUUGCUCUGUUGUGAACAUCGGAAGUGGGGAUAUCAUUGAGGUCCGUGAGCAUCUGAUUCUCGGUCUGAUCUGGCAGAUCAUCCGUCGCGGUCUUCUCGGAAAGAUUGAUAUUAAGCUCCACCCUGAGUUGUACCGUCUCUUGGAAGAUGAUGAGACACUGGAGCAAUUCCUGCGCCUGCCCCCAGAGCAGAUCCUUCUUCGCUGGUUCAAUUAUCACUUGAAGAAUGCUAAGUGGGACCGAAGAGUGAACAACUUCUCUAACGAUGUCAAGGAUGGCGAGAACUACACUGUUCUUUUGAACCAAUUGGCUCCGGAUAUUUGCUCUCGCGGCCCUCUCCAGACCAACGAUCUGCUCCAGCGUGCGGAGCAGGUCCUCGACAAUGCCGACAAGCUGGAGUGCCGAAAGUUCUUGACCCCGACCUCUCUUGUUGCUGGAAACCCUAAGCUGAACCUUGCUUUCGUCGCCAACUUGUUCAACACCCAUCCUGGACUCGACCCUAUUACUGAGGAGGAGAAGGUCGACAUCGAAGACUUCGACGCUGAGGGCGAGCGUGAGGCCCGAGUUUUUACCCUCUGGUUGAAUUCGCUCGAUGUACAGCCGGCGGUCAACUCGCUCUUCGAUGAUCUGCGCGACGGUUUUAUUCUGCUACAGGCCUAUGACAAGGUUAUCCCCGGCAGCGUGAACUGGCGUCACGUCAACAAACCCCCUGCGUCUGGUGCUGAGUUGAUGCGGUUCAAGGCUGUGGAGAACACUAACUACUCAAUCGAGCUUGGAAAGCACCACGGCUUUUCCCUUGUCGGUGUUCAAGGUGCCGAUAUCACCGACGGCCAGCGCACGCUAACCCUUGGCUUGGUGUGGCAGCUGAUGCGCCGUGAUAUCACCCGUACCUUAUCUGCUCUCGCCGAGCGUCUCGGCAAGCGUGAGAUUACUGACACUGAAAUGAUCAAAUGGGCCAACGACAUGUCCAAGAAGGGUGGUCGUGGUUCCAGCAUCCGUAGCUUCAAGGACCAAUCCAUUGGAAACGGUAUAUUCUUGCUGGAUGUCCUGAACGGUAUGAAGAGCGGUUACGUCGACUAUGACCUGGUCACCAACCCCCGCAGCGGCGAGCAAGGAUACGAGGAUGCGUACGCCAACGCCAAGCUCAGUAUCAGCAUUGCGCGUAAGCUGGGAGCCACCAUCUGGCUGGUGCCGGAGGAUAUCUGCACGGUCCGCUCACGCCUGGUUACUACUUUUAUCGGCUCUCUUAUGGCUACCUACGAGAAGAUGUAA